CAACCAUGCCCCGGCUGGCUCAAAGAAUCAAAAUGUGUUUUGCUUUAGCUCCUGUAGCCACACUUAAAUAUGCCCAAAGCCUGUUGACAAAGCUUGCAUUACUUCCCGAUGUAGUGAUGAAGACUGUAGUUGGCGCAAAAGAAUUCAUACGACAGAAUUUUUUUGCUGACUUGUUUGCUGCUGAAUUUUGCAGCCAGGGCACGUUAUCAGAAUUUUGUGGCGACCUCAUGUUUGAGCUGUGUGGAUUUAAUGAGAAGAACUUAAAUAUGAGCCGAAUAUAUGUGUAUAUAACACAUGCCCCAGCUGGAACCUCUGUACAAAACAUGAUUCACUGGAAACAGGCGAUUAAAAGUGAUAAACUGAAAGCUUAUGACUGGGGAAUACCAUCUAACAAAGUCCACUAUGAUCAGGAUACUCCACCCAUAUGCAAUGUGACAGACGUGCAAGUCCCAACUGCAAUGUGGAGUGGUGGAAAUGACUGGCUCGCUGACCCUACGGAUGUUGACCUUUUGCUCCCACAAGUCACUAACCUGGUUUACCCCAAGGUGAUUCCUGAGUGGAACCAUCUGGAUUUCAUCUGGGGCCUUGAUGCACCUGAGCGCUUGUAUAAUGAAAUCCUCGACUUGAUGAGGAAGAAUACAUAAAAAUGUGGCUUUGGGAUCAAGUAUUAUAUUAAUUUCUGUUGAUAUCUGUCUUAUUUGGUUUUUAAUGAAUUACAAAACUCUUAUAUGUAACAAUCUAUACUUGAUGAAUUUACUUUACUUUAAUAAAAUUUUCUUUAAUGAACUUCAG